AAACGCAUGUUAGAGAGAGAGACCACGGGACCAGAAAAAAAGGGUAGAGAGAUGGCUCUGAAGUUCUCACAUCUUCUUCCCGUUUUUCUCUUCUUGUCUGCAAUCUCUGCACAAAGCAAUGAAGACCCAACAAUCAAAACCAUGGAAGAUUUCUCAGGAUACCCAUCUGAACGCCAUUCAUGCAUUUCAGACUCUUUAUCACUAUCAGUCGAUAAGGAAAACUUACAGAGGCAGAUCGAUGAACUCUCUACUUUCUCUGAUACGCCAGCCCCAUCGGUAACUCGAAUCAUUUACAGUGAGAAAGAUGUAUUGGCGCGGAGGUAUAUCAAGAACCUAUUGGGGUUAUCAGGUCUCUCUAUUAGAGAGGAUGCCGUGGGUAACAUAUUCGGUAGAUGGGAAGGUUAUGAGCCAGAACUUGGGGCUGUUGCAACAGGUUCUCAUGUUGAUGCUAUUCCAUACUCGGGAAAAUAUGAUGGUGUUGUUGGGGUUUUGGGUGCAAUAGAGGCAAUUAAUGCAUUGAGAAGGUCUGGUUUCAAGCCCAGAAGAACAUUGGAGGUGAUCAUGUUCACAUCGGAAGAGCCUACUCGUUAUGGCAUCAGCUGCCUGGGAAGCCGCUUAAUGGCUGGGAUUGAGCCACUUUCUCAAGCUCUCAAGGGAACAGUAGAUGGUCAAAAUAUAUCUUUUCUUGAUGCUGCAAGAUCUGCCGGCUACGCCAAAGAUCAAGUGGAUCUAUCUACCGUGUUUGUAAAGAAGGGGACUUAUUCUGCUUUUCUAGAGUUACACAUAGAGCAGGGUCCCAUUCUAGAAGAAGAAGGUGUUUCUAUUGGUAUCGUAACUGCUAUUGCUGCACCGGCAAGUAUCAAGGUGGAUUUUGAAGGCAACGGAGGCCAUGCAGGAGCAGUCCUAAUGCCAUCUAGAAAUGAUGCAGGAUUGGCAGCUGCAGAGUUAGCACUUGCUGUUGAGAAGCAUGUGUUAGAAUCUGGUUCUGUAGACACCGUUGGUACUGUAGGAAUUAUGGAGCUGCAUCCAGGAGCGAUCAAUAGCAUCCCAAGUAAAGCACACAUAGAAAUUGACACACGAGACAUUGAUGAGAAGAGGAGAAACACUGUAGUUGAGAAAAUUCAAAAGUCUGCUAUUACAAUAGGAAAGAACCGUGGAGUAAAUCUGGCAGAAUUUAAAAUCAUCAAUCAGGAUCCGCCGGCCUUGUCUGACGAAUCAAUAAUUAAGGCAAUGGAAGUUGCAUCACAACAGCUGAACCUCAGCCAUAAGUUGAUGAUUAGCAGAGCCUACCAUGACUCACUUUUCAUGGCCAGAAUAUCUCCAAUGGGCAUGAUCUUCAUUCCAUGCUAUAAAGGUUAUAGCCAUAAGCCUGAAGAGUUUGCCUCCAUUGAUGAUAUUGCGAAUGGGGUGAAGGUAUUGGCACUAACCAUGGCGAAAUUAUCUCUCAACUAAAUUUCCAAGUGAAUAAUUGUACAUUACAACACCUUGGCUUCAAUGGCCCAAAAUUUCUAAUAAAGGAAAAGAUUUUUCCUGUAUAGGAGGCAGUAGCAUGUAUGGGUCCAAUAAAUUGUAUGAAUUUAUUCUCGAUGUAAAAUGUUCUUAUCCAUCCUGUAGGAGGUGCAUACUGACUUGAGUGGUCCUUUACAUUU